CGUUAGUCAGUCGAGUUUUGCAUUCAAGUGUAGCAGUUUGUAAUUUCAAAAUGCACAGGCACGCUCAAUGGAUCGUGGCGACGAUUUCGACCAUUUGUCUCAUCCUGACCAUUGCAGUAUACCUUUACGUUAAGAUGCUCAGAAACACACUCGGAAAGUGUAUUGUCAGCUGCCUGUUUAGUAUGGUGAUGGUGCAAGUCAUUUUCAUACAAAAUUCUUUAAAUUUUUUGUUUCAUCUUUUUCCAACAUAUUGCUUCAUUUACGGAAAUGUAUUUCUUUUCUCAAUCGUUUUUGAGUGGGCUCGUAACUUUUUUCAGUUUGCGUACUUCAUCUGGCUCUCUGUCAUUAGUUACCACUUGUGGCAAGUGUUCAAAUCGCCCAAGUGCGAUGCCAAUUCUAAAUCAUUUUUGGCCUAUAGUGCUUUUGUCUGGAUAACGGCUGCUAUUAUGACAGUAGUCUUCUUUUUUAUGAAUACACAAGAUGAUGAGAGUUUGAUAGUUUUUUGCAUGUUAAUGGGAUCGCUAAUCUUCAACAUCUUCAACUUAAUUAUGUUUAUCCUGACAACCAUUAAUAUUUGCAAAGUAAAAGGAGAAAUGAAAAGAUUUACUCGAAGGAAGGACAAAACAACGACCUGCUUUAAUUUUGAUACCCAGACUUAUCUGCAGUUUCUACGAAUGUCCAUUAUGAUGGGCUUGUCUUGGAUCUUUGUCAUAACUGUUUAUGUUUUAAAUAUUUUUUUUACAUCCUUUAAUGAUUUACAAUUUAUGAUCGAUUUACAUCGCGCUUUUGGUAUAUAUGUUUUUAUUCUGCUUAUCGUUAAGCGCAGCACCCUGAAACUAAUCAUGGAAAGCAUUCGCGAGAGUCAAAUUAAGCGGCGUGUUCGUGCUCAAAUGGAAAGAGACCUGCCCUAAUUUAAAAAAGUUUUGUGUAUCCUGCGGAGCUGCAAAAAUGUGGAUGAUUUC